UUCCUCCCACAGUAUGAUUUUCUAUUUCAUUUGCCUCCAUAUCUCAUAUAACCAUGUUUUUUGAACUAUUUUCCUGGUUAUAAAUUCUGGGUCUGUAUCAAAAUUAUGACUUUGUUUUCUUUCUGGGGUCCAAUCAUGUUCCUGUGAAUGAGGUUGUAUGGCUUUUGUCGUACAAGGAGAGUUUGGUAAAUUAAAGAGUGGGUCCAUUAUGGACCCAAAAAUGUGUUGCACCACUUAAAACGUGCCCUUUCCGCUUCUUAUGUAACACUUUCUCAGUAUUCCACACACAACACUAGCCAAAUUUUUCUUUCGCCAUUCUGUGAACCAUGACGACUUCUUCUGAUACCUGCGUCGAAAGCAAGGGUUCUCUUGCUAGACUAGCUCCCCUUGAGGCAGUGCUCUUUGAUGUAGAUGGAACUCUCUGUGACUCUGAUCUGCUCCAUUACUAUGCUUUCCGCGAAAUGCUCCAAGAGAUUGGUUACAAUGGAGGUACUCCUAUAACAGAGGAAUUCUAUAGUGAGAAUAUUUCUGGCACACACGACGAGGAUGCUGCCUUGUUUCUCUUUCCUAACGACCAGGAACGGGGUUUGAAGUUCGUAGAAGAUAAGGAAGCCAUGUUCCGGAAAUUGGCAAAAGAUCAACUAAAGCCUUUAAAUGGCCUCGAUAAAGUGAUUAAAUGGGUUGAAGAUCGUAGCUUGAAGCGCGCUGCAGUGACCAAUGCUCCAAGACCGAAUGCAGAGCUCAUGAUCUCAAAGCUUGGCCUCUCAGAUUUCUUUGAUGCUGUCAUUAUCGGUAGCGAAUGUGAACAUGGCAAGCCUCAUCCAGAUCCCUACCUUAAAGGUCUUGAAGCUCUCAAAGCAUCAAAGGAUCACACAUUUAUAUUUGAGGAUUCUGUCUCAGGGAUCAAAGCUGGAGUGGCUGCUGGGAUGCCUGUUAUAGGUAUAACCAACCGGAAUGCAGAGCAUUUACUGAUGGAAGCAAAGCCUACCUUUCUGAUUAAGGAUUAUGAUGAUCCAAAACUGUGGGCAGCUUUGGAUGAACUUGACAAGGCUGGUGCUCGUUGAGUAUGAAUUACUUGUGCAAGUAGCACAUUUGAAUUCUGUUUAAGGGGCGAUAUUACAAUAAUACAUAGUCCAUAACCAAUGUUGCUUUUAAGCAGAAAGCAAACACUUAAGGUUAUAUUCUGGUAGCAUUGUGUACUAUCAUUGGCCAUGAAUACGCUGGUGAACCCAUAUUUGCAAAUACAAAUUCAUAAAGUAUCUUAUGAAUAAUUUACAAUUCUCUGAAGCAAUUAGAUAGACUAUAGUUACGAUUUUCACAAUCUCUUCAACAAUCAUCUUUGUACUAGAACUGUCAAAUAAGCUUAAUGUUGCUAAUCUAUGUGAUCAAUUCAGCCGGUUCUAAUA